AUGUCGCGAUUGGCCGUGUCUUGUCCCGAAUCUAACGUCUACCAGGUCAUGGGGAAAAGAUACCUAGCAGAUAUUCUCGAAACGAUGGGUGAUCAUGUAGAUGGCCUCAAAUUUGCCGGAGGUGCAUUUUCUCUCUUUCACGAGAGAUCAUUGCGUGAAUUGAUCGACCUAGCCCAUGAGCACGGCGUCUACGUUUCAACGGGUGGAUGGGCGGAGCAUCUCCUCACGCAUCCUGAUCCAAAUACGGUGCUUGACCGCUACUUGAAGAAAUGCAAGGAUCUCGGGCUUGAUGUCAUCGAAUUAUCUUCCGGUUUCCUUUCCUUCCCAGAGGAUGACUGGCUCCGACUCGUUGAUAAGGUUCAAUCCUAUAAGUUGGAAGCAAAGCCUGAACUAGGGAUCCAAUUCGGAGCCGGGGGAGAUACACCAGCCUCUGGACUUGAAGCGAUUGGGACCUCUGAUCCUGGAAAAUUGGUUAACCUGGGUCACAAAUUCCUGAACGCUGGUGUAAAGCGGCUGAUGAUUGAAUCAGAGGGCAUCACCGAAAAUGUAGACUCAUGGCGGACCGAUGUGGUUUCGAAGAUUAUGAAAGAGCUUCCUCCUGAGCGUGUGAUGUUUGAAGCUGCUGAUCCUAAAGUUUUCAAUUGGUAUGUCCGAGAGUUUGGUAUUGAUGUCAACCUGUUUGUGGAUCACAGCCAGAUUGUGCAGUUGGAAUGCCUGCGUUCUGGUAUCUGGGGCACUGCCGAUACCUGGGGAAAAAUAGUCUCGUUCCGACCAUGA